AUGCCAUGGCGAUGGUGUCUGUGGCUGUCCUUCGCUGCAGCAAUGCGGAUCGUUCAAGAAGAUGCCUUUCCCAGCAAUUGUACAGCAGGCACUCUGCAUCUGGCAGGGAGAUACAAGGUCGCAUCCUUGGUGCUGAAUUUCCACCCAGAGGUGGCGUCUGUGGUCACCAUCCAUGAGAGCUGUCGCAUCGUCGCAGCGCAAGCCGUUGUGCUGUCUGAUGCUGCGCUGCUAUUCAAACAAGAUGUCUUCUUUCAGGGCUCUAUUCACUUUGUGGGAUCUGACCGUGCGGCACCUCGUUGCGUGGAAGUGGAGGGCAAUGCAUCCAUCGACGAGGCGACCCUCACCUUCGAGGCCUGCGGAAAUGUGGCCGUCGAAGAUGGAGGAGGCAUUUACGUGGAGAAAGAUCUUGCAAUCUCCAACAGUGAGAUCACUUUUCAACACUGCCGGGCAGAAGUCGGAGGCGGUGCUUUUGUUGGAGGGGCAUUGACAUCCAGGGCCUCUAAAAUCUCGGUCUUUUCCUGUCACGCAGCAGGUGGUGGAGGAGGACUCUUUGUUUCCAAAGAUAUGUCACUGGAUGCUUCCAGCCGAAUUUUCUUCGAAUCUUGCAGCGCUGCAGAGGGUGAAGGUGGUGGACUGAACAUCCUCAAUGGCAACCUUUCUAUAGGCGCUGGGAGCAACAUGAGCUUCAAGAACUGCAGUGCUGUCGCGGGUGGAGGCAUCUUCAUGGCCAGCCCCCAGUGCCAUCUUGAGCAGGGUGGUAGCAUCAACAUGUCGGACUGCCGAGCCACGCAUUCCAAGGGCGGCGGCGCGGUGCUGCAUGACCUGACUCAAGCGGAAACGGCAGAGUUCAACUGCCACCGCUGCGAGGCCUCCUACGGAGGAGGUGGCUUCUCCGCCAGUGGCAAAGUCCUUCUGUGGGGCAGCAGCAACUUUGAAGAUUGUGAUGCAUCGGACGGUCGCGGAGGUGCUUUCACUGGAACAUUUGUGGAUGUAAUGGGCAAGGUGAACACAAGGAAUACCUCAGCAAUGGACGGUGGUGCCAUCUGUACCAUGAAGACUUUCAAAAUCAAUGGAGGUGAAGUGCGGAUUCGCCAGUCCAGAGCAACACACGGUGGGGCUGUUAUGGCAUUGAGCCUGAAGCUGAUGAAGGGACUUUUGGAGACUCAGGACACCAAGGCGAAAGACGGUGGCGGCUCCAUUCACGUGCGGGUGCAGGUCCUGCAGGUUAGCGGCCGACUUGUCAUCUCAAAUACCACAGCCACAUCGGGUGGUGCCAUUCAGUCUCCUUGGCUGGUGCAGAAGGGUGGAAGCAUCUCUGUCUCCAACAGUGCGGCAAAGCAAAUGAGAAUGAACCACCUGGUUCAAGCCCAUGCAGGAGCAUUUGCUUUGGCGGGUGGAAUCGCACAAGCAGAGCCUGGUGAAGCUUGGUGCUGUGGGUCCUCGCAGUCGCCAUGA